AAUGUUAGCUUCAGAAGCUAGACUUCCCAGCGUGUCUAUUCUAUAACUUGUCUAAGCUCUUAACCAAUUUCCUAACCUUCAAUUCACACCCUCUUAAAGACUGUGACUGUAAUGUACGAGACAUGAAAAAAGCAAAUAAAUAAUUAUUGAAAGAAAAUGCCUCUUAGAAAGCAGCCGCUGUCUCUGCUCGACAUCAGCCGGAAUUGUCUCAUACACCAGAUAGUGUUUGAGUGUCAGAGCUACUGCAAAUGGAUCAACCUGCCGAUUGAGCGGAUUGUUCUGCGAGGCCAUGUGGUGUGCCCCGACCAACUACUUGCCUUGAAAAAGCUUCUCCGUGACAAUCUACCCAACGAUUUAUUCGACCAUGUGUGCAAUGAAACUCUUCUCAGCCUCUCCUAUAAAAUCGGCCGGACUUCUCAUCGUGAGUAUGAGAACGUGCUGAAGGUAAUACUUUCAUUAUUUGUGAAUACUAAUAUGCGCAUUUUCUAUCCGAAAGAUGCGCACGGUAUAAGUUUCAUUUGGUCGCCGGUGCCUGAUAUAGACAGUUUCUGGAUGGGCAUGUUAUGUACUGCUAGGAAACUGGUGGUACUAAGCUUGUAUAAAGUGUGUACCGAUGAGAUUCUGGAGGUUGUCGGCAAAAACUGUUUGUUACUGGAGGUGAUUGAUAUAACAUCAAAAACGGCAUGCUUUGAACGCAAAAAGAAGUUUAACAUCAAUGCGUUGCGAUUGCAAUACUUUGUGACUGACACUGGCCUUGUUCAUCUGACCAAGUGCAAAAAGCUACGUGAAGUUUACAUGAACAGUUUGUCAGCCAACCACCAUGCUAGACGCAUGGUCACUCAGAACGGCAUCUUGCAGCUUGUCAGGUCACUACCUCAUUUGAAUUUCAUCUCCUACAAAGCAAUGGGCACAAUUGUGUAUACUCUCAACUUGAACGAGAAUGCUCCUCCUUUAUCAUUGAUGCAUAUUGAAGAAGACAACUGUAAGCCCGAGCAUAUCAGAGCCAUCACCAAACUCUGUCACAAUCUCAAGUCACUAGUCCUGGUAAGGCAGAGAACGUUUUACUUUAAACCGAGCUGCAGUUAUGAAGUAGAACAUGACAUCAUUGCUGAACUUUCUGCUAGUCGAUUGCAAUUACAGCAUUUGAGAUUGCAAUAUUGGCCGUACAUGAAAUCUGUUAUUAAGUUUAUCAAAUUGAAAGGACAUCAUUUGCGAACUUUGCGUAUCAUAUACCUUGAGAACAGCGGUACUAUUUCCUCCAACGACCUGAAUGUAAUUGGUCAAUCAUGUCCCAAUAUUGAAUGCCUUCAUGUGGACCCAGUUUCAAGUCAUGAUUCAGACUCGAUAAACGUUCGUUCAACAGAUAAGAAACAUUUUAUGAAUCUAACAUCGUUGUAUUUUCAUGGUAUAAAUUGGUCUCCUGAAGUAUGUUUUGUUAUGUGCAUUAGAAACGCCGUCAAGCUAAAAAUACUCUACUUGACUCAUGAUUACUUGUCACCAUCAGAUAGUGUUAAUUUCAAUAAUCACUUCUGCAACCUAUUAAAAAUCAAUCCAUUAUCUGAGCUACAGGUUCUUAAUCUCGGACGAGGAAUGAAUAUGUCGGAAGAUACUGUUUAUAAAAUAAUUGAGCAGUGUACAAACUUGAAAAGUAUCGCGUUAUUAAGAGAUUGCGUGCACCGAACGUUUGAAAGCGAACUACACCACUAUAUUGCUGCCAAUAACUUCAAAUUGUCAGUACAUUUCGACUAUUGAGUGUCUAUUAUUAAUCAACUGCAACCAACUUAAUCCUAAACGAUAAAAUAGUUCAUUCAAUUUGUAUCUCUUUUUGGCUGUGAUUUAACAAAAAAUAUAGAUGUAUAUGUAUAUUAUUGUCAAACUGAACUAUUUUCCCACUGGAAACGUUCCUGAGCACUGAAUCAUAAAAUUGUUGCUUAAAUUUCUUGUUCAAAUAGAUUUGUAGACUUAAGAAGCGACACGCAUCCAAGGAUUUUGGCUUGCUGUCUAAACAAACUCAUGUCGUAUUUUGUAAUAAGCCUAACCGUAAUCUAUAAUUAGAAAAACAAAUUGGCUUAUACAUGUACGGGAUAUCAAAUAAAUUAAUGAUUUCAUCAUCACGUUUGAACUACUGAACUGAUUAACUUGAAAUUUUGCAUAUAGAUUCUUAAUUACUGGGGAUGGUUAUAGACCUAUUUCCAGUUCGUCAAGUUUUCAGUCCAUCAAGGUUUUAAUUCGUUAAGCUUCCAGUUUGUUGUACUUCGGUUAAACGUGGUCAGAGAUGAAAUAGUGUAUUGAACGGUAUUAUCUCUAUCUUUUAUCUACCUAUAAGUAUUUUUUUCAAUUUCACUAACACUACUACCUUCUACUUCUAUUUUCACCAACCCUGUAUGUGAAUCCAUACGGUAGUACUUUAUAGUAUACUAUGUAUGGGCAAAGUGGGUUUUGGUUUGCACGUAAACUAACGCUGACCACGGUUGACAUUCAUACUGUCAAUUUUGACAAAUUUAAAAUAUGCUCAAAAUAUCUGAUCGAUUAACAUUUCAUUGUAACUUUCCUUGCCCUACCUGCUACCAUAUGUAAGGAAAGUAUUGCUUUCCAAAAAAAAAUAGUUAGCCCAAUUUCAAGUUUUCUAUACGGUACGUUUCAAAGUCCUCAGAGUCCUAAAACAUUUUUUGGUCUUGGUCUGUGUAUGUGUGAGUCUGUGAACAUACUCUGGAUACCAUACUACCCUAUACCAUGGAUAGUCAUAAGCUCUAUCAAUUGACAUGAGUCUCCUUCCUGGGGGACUAGCAGAGGGUCCUUGAAUAAAUUAAAUUUGUAGCCUCCUCAUGCAUGAGGUAGGUAAGCAGAUGAUAUAGCCGUUUUUUCUAAAGAGAACUUAGUCCAGAUAAUUUUAUCUGCAGAGAAACUGGGAGUUUUUAAAAUUACCUAAAUUUACGUCUUCCGUUCCCGAUCUCGGGAAGAAUACUAGUCAACCUGGCAAAAAGUGUCAGAGUUAAAUUCCCGACCAGGUGACUUUUCUCUGAAAACUUUCAGCAAUGUUAAAACUUCUAAUAAUUAGUUAUCGGCUCUUAUGAAAGAUGAAUAAUACGUAUAAUAAUUCUCACUUGGAGAAUGCCCUGUUUGGUUGGGUUUUUAUAGUUAAGUGAACUUUGAAUCACAAAUUAAAUGAGUUUGUUUUAAUUAUUGAAUUAGAAUUGAUUAAUAGCAAUAAGAAUUCACCCAUCCUCGGUAAAUUUAGAAUCUUUAUGCAAAAAAGAUCAGUAGUUCAGACUUGAUGAUGCCUAUACCGUACAUGUUUAAGACGAUUAUUUCCUUUAUUAUAUUAUAGAAUUAAGAUGAUAAUAUUAUUAUCAAAACAUUUCGAAUAAUAUCAACUUAUUGUCAUCUAAAAGUAAAAUAAAACUAUCCAUCCGCCCCCUUUAAAACAUAAUUAAUUAAACAGAACCGUUUAGGUUAUUCGGACAAAUAUUGAAAUCUAGCCGAUCUGAGAUCCUCCCCCUGUCGUGGUCGACGACGGCAUUUAUGACAACUCACCUUGUCAAUAAUAUUGAGAAUGGAAAUUCAAAAUCCGGGCCAUUCUCUAUCCGAUUUAUUGUCCAACUUAAGGUCCUUCGAUUCGACGUCGGAACGUGAAUGACGUUGUGGGCGGGGCUAAUGGUGUCGGAAGUCUGAUGAUCUGUUCAACUGACUUGUCCGACCACAGAAGUUUAGCCGCCUAUUCAGGUUCGAUUUGGAACGUUAGUGUGGAUGUUUGAUUAACCAGCCUGAACAUGAGUAACGAAAGAUCCAAAGUUAUUGGCCAAAGUAGUUGGAACAAACUGUCGGAUAGUGAAUGGUCCGUUUAAACUAAAGGGCAGUCUGUGUGAUAGCUCCCAAAUACAGUAUCAUCAGCUGAUGUUAUGAAUGAAUGAAAAUAUUAUAGUAAUUGCAUUUAAUGAAUAAUCCAGCUGACUAAGGGACAUAUGCACCAUCUACGAUUAAAGAUAGGGACACAUAUAACCGCACCGAGCCCGUGACGAGGUACGGGCGAGCUACGCCCGCGACACGCUGAUGGUAUUAGGAGAACACACAUAUCCGUGCGCCAGCCGAGCGACAGCAGUGUCUCAGUUUUGUAGUGCUACUGUGGUCUGAUUUCUGAAUGUUAAAGUAUUGUUAAUAAUAUAACACUAUAAAAGCUUGUUAGAUACGAUUUAAAUUUAUAUUUUUCAAUUUUAAAUUAUUUACCUGUAGACACAGAAGAUGAGAAUCAUAGUGCUUUUAUAUAGUUCGGUGCAUAACAAUACCACAAUCAGUCAUGUAUCAUGAAUAUAUAUAUAAGCAAUAAAAUUGUUAUCUUCUGCCUUAUGUAUCUAAACGUAAUUAGUUUUAAAUUUAAAAUACAGUUACGGGUUCCUUCUUUUUAUACUUUUUGUUGUUUAUUUUAUUAUUUAUCAUACUACGUCUAUUAUAACUUUGGCUUAACUUAUUAUUUGGUUAUACUUUUACUUUUGGUUCAACUUAUUUUUCCGUUCAACCAUAUUUCUUAUCACUUUGAUCGUACAAAACUGUAAAAUUCCGUAUCUCUUCAAUAAGUUUUUCAUUCUAUGAAACGAGCCCGCAUCGUCACCGUCAAAAAGUAAACUGAACUAGUCGGUGACGGCGCGGGCACGGCUCGGGCAACAAACACGGUGACGGUGCUGACGCGGUGCGGUAGUAUGUGUCCCUACACGUUUGAAAGCAUUUGUUUUCUCACUCGCCAUAGUACGUCCGACAAUCGGCCGUACCGCGGUGCCGGCUCGGUGCGGAUAUGUGUGUCCCGGUCAUAACGCUAAAACACGUUUACUUGUAGAUAUGGUUGCAUUUAUCAAAAUGUGUACUAUUCGGGGCUUAAACGGACAGCUGACAUUUCUCCACUUGAACAGAGUAUCUGCAUUCAGGCUUUGAUCAGACCUAAAUCACAACUUUUUUUUGUUAUGCACUUUCAAUGUUAUUUUGUUAUAUUCUGGAAAAGGACUAAGGAGUUGGUAAAUUUCGUUCAUAUGUUUUUUGUAGAAUAUAUGGACAAACAAACAUACAAAUAUAUCUAAGGACAACGUCUUGCUAACGCUCGUAAAAAGGUAUGAGGCCAAAAAGAGCAAAACAUUUGAGGCAAACGUGUUUUUUAAAAAUGACACGCCAUGAUGCUCGGAUAUCUCGAAAACUAUGAGAGAUGUAUGGAAUAAGUUAGGAGAUUAAUGUUGUAGGGAAUUAUGUAAACUUUAAUUUUGCACAGAACAGUCACGUCUGUAAGUGUAGGACUCAAAGUUUCCGAGAUAAAAUAUAUGCGAAAAAACAAAAAAUGGUAUCUUUGAACCACAUGGUGCGGACUUUUGAUAUGUUUAGCUCCUUACUACCCUGCGAGAUCAAAAAUUGUCUUCCAAACUUUUCCCUCUACUCCCUUUAUAGAACAUUAAUUGCCUGGACUGAAAUGAAUUAUUGUUUCCCAAUACAAAUUAAAAUUGGCGCUUACAGGGCCGAUAACCUUUGCUCGGUAAAAUCUCAUUGAAUUUUAUUCAGUAUAACGUCUUUCACAGUGAUUGGUACAGUAUUAUUUCAUUUCCGAACGUAUCUAUGAUAAUAAUAUCAGAAUUGGGUCAUCAGAUUGGAAAGAAUAGAUUUUUUUUAGAAAUAUUAUAAAAUGAUAUCGAAUAAAAAUAUUUACUUUAACUAAGCUUAAGUCUUUCAAAUUUUAACAUCUUUAUUCAUUUGUCUUCUCCAUAUGCAUCGUAGUAUUAAGUAUUGAUCCCAUUGAUCUCAUAUAAUGUAGUAUCAAUUAAAUCGACUUAUAUAGCCCAUCCCUAACUUAUUGUAUUUUACGUGUUAUUGAUCUCAUUGUAUAUUGAUAUAGAUUCAUAAUCGAGAAUUUCUUUUUUCAUAUGUCUCUGUGUGUUCAAAGUACAUAACGACAUUUGCAAGAUAGGUCAAGAUCUCUAACAAUACAAUUCUGGUAAAUUUAUUACUUUUUCCAAAUAGAACAAAAAAUAUAGCCAUCCUUUAAGAAUGAUUCAGGCUUAUUUUAAUCAGUUGAAACUUAUUUGAACAAUUUAUUCAGAUCAAUUCAAAACACCAGAAAUAGUUGGAAGCGUUCUAGAAUUUCGAAGAGUUUGACUACAAGUUUGAAGAGUUCAGAACUGAUCGCGAGUUAGAAACCUGGAUAUCCCAACAUAUAGAAUAACACCUAAUUGUCAGGAAAAUAAAUUUUCUUUCAUCUAAUAUUGCGCUUAAUAGGUUUCAUUUGACA